UUUCUCCUUUUACCAUGUGAGUCAGUGAAUUAACUUAAUUGUCAGGCCUGGCUCUGCAAGUGCCUCUCUGCCUACUGAGCUGUCUUACCUGACACACACACACACCCCUUCUGCUGGGUUUUACAGCUUGGACUGAGGGGAGACAGAACUUCCGUUCUAUAGGAUCAGGCCCAGAUAUCUGUGCUACUUGUGUGUUGGGAGUCUUCACCAAGAUUUGGUUCUUGGAAACUUGCUUGCUUUUUACCUGGAGUCAGGCAAGUAGGCUCUGCUUGGGAAUCCAAAGGGCAUUCGGCAGGAAGGCCAACAAGAGGAUUUUGCACGCCAGAAUUAAAGAUGGUGUGUCUCCUUCCAGGUGCGUGCAGGGGGGUCAGCAUGAGGUUGAAAAAGCAGGUGACAGUGUGUGGGGCCGCCAUCUUCUGUGUGGCAGCCUUCUCACUCUACCUCAUGCUGGACCGAGUGCAGCAUGACCCAGCCCGACACCAGAGUGGCAGCAACUUCCCCAGGAGCCAAAUUUCUGUGCUCCAGAACCGGAUCGAACAGUUGGAACAAUUGUUAGAGGAGAACCAUGAGAUCAUCAGCCAUAUCAAGGACUCUGUGCUGGAGCUGACAGCCAACGUGGAGGGCCCCCCAGCCCUGCUGCCCUACCACACGGCCAACGGCUCCUGGGCUGUGCUCCCAGAGCCUCGGCCCAGCUUCUUCUCAGUCUCCCCCCAGGACUGCCAGUUUGCUUUGGGGGGCCGGGCUCAGAAGCCAGAGCUGCAGAUGUUGACUGUGUCCGAGGAUUUGCCAUUUGACAAUGUGGACGGUGGCGUGUGGAGGCAAGGCUUUGACAUCUCCUACAGCCCCAGUGACUGGGAUACUGAAGACCUGCAGGUGUUUGUGGUGCCCCACUCACACAACGACCCAGGCUGGAUCAAGACUUUUGACAAGUACUAUACAGAACAAACCCAACACAUCCUCAACAGCAUGGUGUCCAAGCUGCAGGAAGAUCCCCGACGGCGCUUUCUCUGGGCAGAGGUCUCCUUCUUCGCCAAGUGGUGGGAUAACAUCAGUGCCCAAAAAAGGGCAGCAGUUCGAAGGCUGGUGGGAAAUGGGCAGCUGGAGAUUGCAACGGGCGGCUGGGUGAUGCCAGAUGAGGCCAACUCCCAUUACUUUGCCUUGGUUGACCAGCUCAUCGAGGGACACCAGUGGCUGGAGAGAAACCUCGGUGCAACCCCUCGCUCGGGCUGGGCAGUGGACCCCUUUGGACACAGUUCCACCAUGCCUUACCUGCUGCGCCGUGCCAACCUGACCAGCAUGCUGAUUCAGAGGGUGCAUUAUGCCAUCAAGAAGCACUUUGCUGCCACUCACAGCCUGGAGUUCAUGUGGAGGCAGACAUGGGAUCCAGAGUCCAGCACAGACAUCUUUUGCCACAUGAUGCCCUUCUACAGCUACGACGUCCCCCAUACCUGCGGCCCGGACCCCAAGAUCUGCUGCCAGUUUGACUUCAAACGUCUGCCUGGUGGGCGAAUCAAUUGCCCUUGGAAGGUGCCGCCCCGCCCUAUUACCGAGGCCAACGUGGCAGAGAGGGCAGCCCUGCUCCUCGACCAGUACCGAAAGAAGUCCCGUCUGUUCCGGAGCAACGUCCUCCUUGUACCACUGGGCGAUGACUUCCGAUACGACAAGCCCCAGGAGUGGGAUGCCCAGUUUUUCAACUACCAACGGCUCUUUGACUUCCUCAAUAGCAAGCCCGAGCUCCAUGUACAGGCGCAGUUCGGGACCCUCUCUGAGUAUUUUGAUGCCCUGUAUAAGAGGACAGGAGUGGAGCCUGGGGCCCGGCCUCCAGAGUUUCCUGUGCUGACUGGGGAUUUCUUCUCCUAUGCUGACCGGGAGGACCACUACUGGACAGGCUAUUACACUUCCCGGCCUUUCUACAAGAGCUUAGACCGGGUCCUAGAAGCCCACCUGCGUGGGGCAGAGGUUCUAUUCAGCUUGGCUGUAGCUCACGCCCGCCGGUCUGGACCAGCUGGCCAGUACCCACUGUCUGAUUUUGCUCUUCUGACGGAAGCUCGGCGCACUCUGGGGCUCUUCCAGCACCAUGAUGCCAUCACCGGGACAGCCAAGGAGGCGGUAGUGGUAGACUAUGGGGUCAGGCUGCUGCGCUCCCUGGUCAGCUUAAAGCAGGUCAUCAUCAAUGCUGCUCACUAUCUGGUGCUGAGGGACAAGGAGACCUACCACUCUGACCCUGCGGCCCCCUUCCUCCAAAUGGAUGACAGCCGUUUAAGUCACGAUGCCCUGCCAGAGCGCACAGUGAUCCAGCUGGAUUCCUCACCCAGGUUUGUGGUGCUAUUCAACCCACUGGAACAGGAACGGCUCAGUGUGGUGUCCCUGCUGGUCAACUCGCCACGGAUUCGAGUCCUUUCAGAGGAGGGUCAGCCCCUGUCUGUGCAGAUCAGUUUGCACUGGAGCUCGGCCACUACCAUAGUCCCCAAUGUCUACCAGGUGUCCGUGCCCAUCCGCCUGCCAGCCCUGGGCCUGGGUGUGCUUCAGCUGCAGCCAGACCUGGAUGGGCCCUACACACUGCCAUCCUCCGUUCGUGUCUACCUGAACGGCGUGAAGCUGUCCAUCAGCAGACAAACACCAUUCCCUCUCCGUGUCAUGGACUCCAACCCCAGUGACUUCGCCAUCAGCAAUCGCUACAUGCAGGUCUGGUUCUCCGGCCUUACUGGGCUCCUCAAGAGCAUCCGAAGGGUGGAUGAGGAGCAGGAACAGCAGAUGGACAUGAGGGUUCUCAUCUAUGGUACCCGCACAUCCAAAGAUAAGAGCGGUGCCUACCUCUUCCUGCCUGAUGGCGAGGCUAAGCCCUACAUCCCCAAGCAACCUCCUGUGCUGCAUGUCACCGAAGGCCCUUUCUUCUCAGAGGUGGCUGCAUAUUAUGAGCACUUUCACCAAGUGGUUCGGCUUUAUAACCUGCCAGGGGUAGAGGGGCUGUCUCUGGACAUGUCAUUCCUGGUGGACAUCAGGGACCAUGUGAACAAAGAGCUGGCCCUGCGCAUCCACACGGACAUUGACAGCCACGGUACUUUCUUCACAGACCUCAAUGGCUUUCAGGUACAGCCCCGGCAGUAUCUAAAGAAGUUGCCCCUGCAGGCUAAUUUUUACCCCAUGCCAGUCAUGGCCUACAUCCAGGAUGCACAGAGGCGCCUCACACUACACACUGCACAGGCCCUUGGCGUCUCCAGCCUGGGUGAUGGUCAGCUGGAGGUGAUCCUGGACCGAAGGCUGAUGCAGGAUGACAACCGGGGUCUAGGCCAAGGCCUCAAAGACAACAAGGUCACCUGCAACCACUUCCGCCUCCUGCUAGAACGGCGAACCACGAGCCAUGAGCCUGGCUUAUUCUCCAAACUGGCAGCCAUGUUUAGGGGCUUGGUCUUUUCCAGAAACUCGAUCAGGAGCCCAAAGGUAAGGGCCCAACAUGAGCGCACUACCAGCUAUCCGUCCCUGCUCAGCCACCUGACUUCCAUGUACCUCAACACGCCUCCACUCGUCCUGCCCGUGGCCAAGAGGCAGGCCACCAGCCCUGCACUGCGUUCCUUCCACCCUCUGGCCUCUCCCCUGCCCUGUGACUUCCAUCUGCUCAAUCUGCGCACGCUCCCAGCUGAGGAGGACAACUCACCCUCAGCCGAUGCUGCUCUCAUCUUACACCGCAAGGGUUUUGACUGUGGCCUGGAGGCCAAGAACCUGGCCUUCAACUGUACCACAAGCCAAGGCAAGCUCGCCCUGGGGAGCCUCUUCCAUGGCCUGGAUGUGGCAUUCUUGCAGCCAACCUCUUUGACUUUGCUGUACCCUCUGGCCUCACCUUCCAACAGCACUGACAUCUCUCUGGAGCCCAUGGAGAUCAGCACCUUUCGCCUGCGCCUGGGUUAGGGUAGGCCUCCUUGUGGCAUGAAGAAAAACUUCCCCCACAGAGACCGCCUCCUAACACCAAGAUUGGGUUGGACAAGCCACACACACCCCGUUCUGCCUCACAGCUGUGACAGACUGAGCUCUGCCCUUACAUUAUCUAUUGCUGCUUCUCUGUUUGGGACAACCCGCACGCCAGUGGUGGGCAGGUGCCCGUGAGACA